AAUACCUUCGUCAGAGCUCGGAAUAUAUCCGCAGAUCUAUGAAUACGCCCCCUUUGGGUAGUGUUUUCAGCAAACCGCUGGCGAGUACAGGAACAGAAAACCAGAACAAACAUACAUACAGUGCUGCUGAAGACAAGCUACACAGCAAGAAAUGAAGAUCAGAGUGUCUUGGCGCACUUAUUGAUGUUACGUAUUCAGAUACAUAAAAACGACCAUCCUCGUCGCUGGGCUAAUUUUAUAUUAUGAUUGCACAGGUGUAUUUCUUGCAUAUAUGUUUACCUUGCCGUAUACCGUUUUAACCGUAAUCCUCUUACUACUGAUAAUGAAGAAUGAUGAAAAUGGUGCGCAUCGAAAGCUGGACGUGGUGUUCGCAUAUGCAUAACAACGUUACAAGACGCUGGCCCUUGUCUGUAACACCUCACGUUCAAGAUGCACUACAGUUUAAAGAAUCAGCUGCAUGCUGGUGAAUGAAGGAACCCAAAAAGGGAAUAUAGGCAACUUUGUGUUGUCAGCAGAGGUAAUCAUGGGACCCAGUCUUCUGGACCGUCCUGCACCAGCCUUGAAAAAAGGAUUCACAAAGGAGCGAAAUCGCAAUAAAGUCACUGCAGUCAACAGCAUUACAUCAAGUUCUAAAAAGGGAAAAAGCAAUUUGAAUCAUCGAGCCUCAAAGAAACCAAGUGUACAGUCAAAGAACAGUGUGUCCCGUCAGAUCAAGGAUCUUUCACAAGGGCCAGAGCGAGCCUCCCAAAGGAGAGGGUGUCGGCUUAAACCUGGAAAUAUGUCUGCCACAGAAAAUGACCCAGUGCAGCAGGGAAAAAAAGAAGAGGGCCCUGAAGAGUUAUAUCUGAAACAACCAGUUUAUUGUUCCUCAAGAGUAUCUGAAUUUCUUGAGAUGCCCAAGGAUAAUCAAGAGAGCAGUGAUUCUUCUCCAGGACCCAGUAGAAAGGGGUCAAAGAUGUUUCUUCAGUUGCUUCCUUCUACCUCUGAAAAGCAUCUUGCACCAGUAUUGCAGGUGCCCAGCUUGGAGACACUAAGGCUGUAUGAAGAAGAGGAAGGUGAAGUGGACAGUGCCAGUGACCUCUCUGACUCUGAGCGACUACCAGUGCCUCCUUCACCAUGCUCCCCUCCAGAACUUCAUCUGCGAGCAGAAGUUUUUGACCCUAAUGACCUUGAUUCACACCCUAGUAAUCCUAGAGGCUUACAGGGUGGCUAUGACUAUCCUGAUUUUCUACCUCCUCCUUUUAAUACUUGGAGCCUGCGUCAACUGGCAGUCUUUCUAAACACAGAGGGGAGACAGGCCCCACGCCCACAGCCUGUAGGACACCUAGAAAGGUACUUAGAGCGACUUCUACAGCUAGAAUGGCUUCAGAUCCAGACUGUGCAAGCAGAGAACAGCAAAUCAUCUACUGCAACCACGUCUACAAGUCGUACAAGGCCCCACACUGCCCCACCUGGGUACCUCAACUCACCUAAAACCCUACGGCAGUGCCAGCGUACCUUUCCAAUAGCCUUUCUCUCCUGCUUGGGGAGCGCUUCUUCAGCACAGUUGUCCCAGGCAGCUUGUCCAUAUUGUCGUGUCCGCUACCCAUUUUGUAAUGGUGCCUGUCGAUCAUACGCCUACCAGCGACACUCCCGUUUCAGCCUUGCCCAAGAGCGCAGUUUUGCUACAGGCACUCCUCAAAGAAGGAGCAGCAGUGAGACUAGAACCAGUAUGAAUCGGAAAGCUGUUGGUACAUUUGAAGCACAGAAACCAGGGAGCUCCACUGCAGGGAGUAGUCAUCUGAGCCGAAUGCAGUCUGCUGGCAACAUCAGAUACCCUCCACAUUCACCAACAAUGAUGAGUCCUUCUAAGUCACAGACUGCAUCAAAAAAUGUUAGUAUUGAGGGUUUAGCCAGUAAGAAUGGAAAGGGACGAAGUGGGGACUAUCCAGGAGCCUGCAGUAAGGUAAGAGAAACAAGUCCAUUGCGGAGGCAAGGAAAUGAACGGCAAAAGUCUCUGAAACAAGUCACCCGUUUGCUGGAGAAAGAGCCUUCAACAAACUCAGUUGAGUCUCCAAGUAACAAGGUCAAUGGAAGGGUGAAGCAUGUCCAAUUUCUCACUAAGUGAAUCAAGUCUUGAGGUACACAAGAAGUGGUUCUCAUAUCCAAAUGAUUACCACAUUUUUAAUUGCUGCUCUGUUAGAAUUUCUCAUAAGCCCCCAAAUGAUUAUACAAUACAAAGUAAUUUCAUUCACCUUCGAACUGUACUACCUUGUAGCAGGGCUUUCAAGUGGAAACAAAGUCAAUGUAUAUUUAAAUACAUCUUACCUGCCAUUUGUUUCCACGGGAGACUGAAAUCAACGUGUACUUUAAAAUGCUAAAUAAUGUUUUGCUUAUUCUGCUGGACACUUAGUACUUUAAUAUUUAUCUUCAUGCAGAGAAAUCUAUGCAUUGUUAGAUACUCAAGAUACUAAAAAGCAAGUAAGGCUUCCGUUGAUCUUCUUUUAUUUUUUGUCAGUGUAAAAAAGAAUUCUCAGAGUUUUUCUUCUUGUACAGUACUGUUCUGGUACAGUUAGCAUGGACAAGCAGGUAUUUUUUUUAAAUGUUUCAUUACAUUAUCUAUCCAUUCUAAGAUUAGAUUAAGCAGAUAACUGCACAGAAGUACUGUAGGUUUACACAGUCUGGGCAGAGUGAUCCAUUAGAUUAGUACUUCAAAUGAAGUCAGGUUAAAUACAAGGUCUCAUGAUAAUCUGGACCUUGCAGUAAAGAACUGUGAUAGAGCAGGAAAACACAACUGAAGUAAUGAGGAAUUUUAUAUUUGAAAAAAGUCUUCUUUUACACAACAAUACCUGUGCUUGUUUUAGACGAGCUUUUGGCAAACGUGUCCAAUUAUGUUCACAGGCAAUGCCCAAGAAAAGUUUCUUUUAUUACUGGAAAAUAUAGAACUAUUGUAAAGAUACUGUAUGAAUGGAAUAGUGGUGUAAAUGUUUGUGUUGCCAUUCAUCUUUACACUUCCUGUGUGGAGUUUGCACAUUCUCCUCAUGUCCAUGUGGGCUUUCCAUUAAACAUAUUAGUUUCCUCCUAAGUUUCAAACAUCUGUUUGUUACUUUAAAUGGUUCUGGACUGAUUGGAUGUGGGUGUAUGCAUGUGUGUGUUAAGAGAUGGACUUCAGGUCUGUCUAGGCUUGGUUAUUGCUUUGUGUCCAAUUCGGCUGGCAGGCUAUAGCUCGCCAGGACCCUACAAUAGAAAUGGAUGGAUAGAUCAGUAGAUUUAUCCACUUUGGAAAAAGAUAUACUUUACCUGGGUUUCUGUAACAAGUUGAGUAUCAUGUGUUAUCAUGUGACAUAUAACCCCAUAUAACUGUCAUAUAAAGUAUAUCAAGAUUUCUGAUUCUCAUUUUAAUUACUAGCUAGUGCAUUUAAUCCAUAUCUUACAAUAGCUCUAGAGCACACAGAGCCAGCAAACUGAUCUUUAUUUUCUAUAAAACCUUUCAUUGAGAGCACUAUUUCAAAGCACUUUAUAGAUCAGUUUAAAAAAACAGUGAAAAAUUAAUCAAACAAUGCAAUAUACACAUGUUGUAAAAGAGCACAUAAAAUAAUACGUGAACAUCAAAAUGAUAACAUAUCGGAGAAGGCAAUAAGUUAAAUGGAAACACAAACCCUAGUGGAAAACAGUUUCAGGGAGUAGAGGCCGCAAAGCUGAUGUAGCAUUUUUUAAGAGGGUGCAAUACUCUGAACAUUUAGGAGAGUCCCCUCUAUUGCACAUUUCGUUACAAUGUCAUAGAUUUGGAUAGCUAUUCUGAAAUCUUGCAGUGGGCAGAUGAGGAGUAGGGUAUAAAAUAUACC